CUGAAGGACCGGGACCGGAAGUCUCCACGUUGUUGUUGUAGCUCCACCUGACAGUAGUUGUCCUGCUACCCUGCUAAAACCUCAACAGCCAGUGACAUGUGUUUACUUUAACAUUAUUUAACAUUUUACAGGUAUGAAGAAGAGAUUCAACAUUAAUUUAGACGACUCUGCUUUCACCAAAGAAAGAACACCGCCAAAGCCUCAGUUUCAGUCAUUCAAAGGAGGACAAAUCGCCUCAACUUCAGCACAGCCUGCCCCUGAGCCUGGGAGCAAGCCCCUGUCAUAUGCAGACUACAUCGUCCAGAGUAAAAGCAAUGUUGCUGCUCAUCCUCAGAGAGAGGGUCCCUCCAAAUUGCGCAGGACUGAAAUUGCUGAUGUUGCUAAAGUGAUGCCUAAAGAGUUUGAUUCCGGAGGAUGUGACACAGCUCAAGACUGCGGAUCAGAUGAGGCUAAGAAGAGCGAGGAGGCACAGGUGGCUGUUACUGACCAGAAGGAGGGAAACUGCCAAGGGUCAGAUCCAACUCUCAGCCUAGGUCCAAAACCAGUGGGGUCUGGCAGCAGCAUUAUUGUCAGUUCUCGACAGAGGGGGAAUCCAAUUCUGAAGUUUUUAAGGAGUGUUCCUUGGGAGUUUGGAGAUGUUGUGCCGGAUUACGUUUUAGGCUUAACAACUUGUGCUCUUUUCCUCAGUCUGAGGUAUCACAAUCUCAAUCCAAACUAUAUCCACGACCGUCUCAAACUGCUUGGACAGACUUUCACUCUUCGGGUUCUUUUGGUACAAGUUGAUGUGAAAGAUCCUCAUCAUGUAUUGAAGGAACUGGCUCGCAUAUGCAUCAUGGCUGACUGCACUCUCAUCUUGGCUUGGAGUCCAGAAGAGGCAGGGCGUUACCUUGAAACGUACAAGUCAUAUGAAAAGAAACCAGCAGACGUACUUAAGGAGCAAGUUGAAAAAAACUAUCUGUCCAAGGUUACAGAUUGCCUGACGACAGUGAAGUCUAUAAACAAGACCGAUGCAAUUACCUUGCUGUCCACUUUCUCAUCUGUAGAAGGAAUCAUCAGUGCCUCUAAAGAAGACCUGGUUCUCUGUCCAGGCCUUGGGCCACAAAAAGCAAGACGACUCUAUGACGUACUGCAUAAGCCCUUCCUUAAGUCCAAGACAGACAGCUGAAACUUUCUACCAAGAAUGAAGACAUGAAGAGAAUUCUACAUGUUGAACAGCAUUCAAACAAACUUCAGAAGACUGAAUUAAAUGGGAAACACGUUUUUUA